AUGGCUGUCCCAAGCGUUGUGACCAUCCAGCCUCAGUAUGGCAUGGUGGGACCCACUGCCUCGAGGAACAUCUGGCAGACAGGCCUGAUGGACUGCUGCACUGACUGUGGUGUCUGCUGCUGCGGGUUAUUCUGCUUCCCCUGCCUCGGCUGCCAAGUGGCUGGGGACAUGAAUGAGUGCUGCCUGUGCGGGACCAGCGUGGCUUUGAGGACCAUGUACCGCACCAGAUACAACAUCUCGGGGUCCAUUUGCUCUGACUACUGUAUCACCAUGUGGUGCCCUAUGUGCUCCGUUUGCCAAAUCAAGAGAGACAUCAAUCGGAGGAGGGAUCUGGGCAUAUUCUGGUAA